ACGCAGUGCAGUAAAGUGGCUGGGGAGCAGGAAAGCAUCUGCGGAGCAAAGCAGGACUUUCACAUGUCAAAUGUCGAACGAAAGUCGGAAAAAUCCGUCCCCAACAAAAAGCGAGGACGGACUCCACUGCGCUGUGGAGAUACGGGGCAGGGUUCGAUAUUGAAUGCGACCAGCCUGCGAGCCACGCUUUUCACUGGCCACGCGUUGCGACAUCUCGGCUGCUUGCUGACUAGGCGGGAUUCAUUGGAUGAGAAUGGGUGGGAUACGAUAACCCAAUCCAGCAACGCUGCCCCUGCCAACCGCUGGUUGAGGACGAUACUAGACUCAAGCCGGCUCCAAUCUCUUGCCUCUCCCCCACUGCCUGACGGAGUACAAUGGACGGAGAUGCUCUUCCAAGUUCUGGGGCUUUCUGGAACCACAUUUCACGGCCGGAGGCAAGGCGCUUGUCAAUAAUGAGGCCUUUCUGCCAGCGUCGUCAUGCGGUUUGCUGGCUCUCCGGUCAAGAAUCUCGCGUGGUGGCUGUCGACCUCGAAUCCCUCUCGCGCCCAUCUUAUUCAGGAGUACCCAAGCCGGUUGAGCUCCCUCUCCUACCCUCUGUCCUGCCGCGACCCAUUGUCCUCGUGUAACCAGACAAUGUCGAUAAUCGACACCACCAAAGACCUGUCGGCGCUGUUCACGCGACAAGCGAUUGACACGCCCGAUGCCGUUGCGCUGGAAGACAAUUCUACCAUCUACACAUAUGCCGAGCUAGAUCGCGAGGUCGAGACGUUGGCCCGUCGUCUGCGGGCUUACGGUGUUGGUCGAGACCGGCUGGUGGGCGUGCUUUUGCCGCGAACUGCUCACUACGUGAUUGCGUGCUUGGCCGCUCUCCGUGCCGGCGGGGCCUUUCUCGUUCUCGAGCUUGCUUAUCCCCCGGACCUUCUGACCGAGGUCAUUGCCGAUGGCAAUCCCUCCGUCGUGAUCACCUACCGUGCGGAGGUCGGUAAGAUCCAAGGCAAUGUCCCGUUGAUCGUGCUGGACGAACCGCCGACGGAUAGCAACGGACACACCCAAGAAGCGCCUCCCCUGCCUGCGGAUGAUGAUCUGGACCGAUUGGCGUUCGUGUCCUACUCGUCGGGAACGACAGGAAAGCCCAAAGGCAUUGCCAACCCCCACAAGGCUGCCGUGCUAUCAUACAACCUCAGAUUUGGAGUGCAAGAUCUGCAACCAGGCGAUCGAGUUGCCUGUAAUGUGUUCUUCAUCUGGGAGAUUCUGCGCCCGCUAUUGCGCGGUGCGACCGUCGUGGCCGUGCCCGACGAAGUCAGCUACGACCCAGCCGCGCUCGUCGAUCUACUGGCAUCGAAGAAAAUCACCGAAACCCUCAUGACCCCUACCCUGCUUGCGACCGUGCUGUCCCGCCACCCGCAUAUUCGAGAGCGCCUCCCUGACCUGCGCACGUUGUGGUUCAACGGCGAGGUGGUAACGACCGAUCUUGCCCGUCGCGCCAUUCAAUCUCUGCCCAAAACGCGCCUCCUCAAUUGCUACAGUGCUUGCGAGACCCACGAGAUCGCCUGCGGAGACAUCCGGGAAAUGUUCGACGAGGAAUCGCUGUACUGCCCCGUCGGCCCGCCGCUCGACCGUAAAAACACGCAUAUUCUCGACGAGAGCGGCCAAAAGGUGGAUGUCGGAGUGAGUGGAGAGCUGUUUGUGGCGGGUCCCCUGCUGGCUCGGGGAUACCUGAACCUGCCCGAGACGACGACCAAGGCAUUCACCUCCAAUCCGUUCGACUCGCUCUCCAGCUCUCGGCUGUAUAAGACGGGCGACCUGGCGCGCCUGCUGCCCUCGGGAUACCUCGAGAUCACCGGUCGCGUGGGCGCCAUGAUCAAGCUGCGCGGAUACUCGGUGGUGCCGGCCAAGGUGGAGAGCGACAUCGUCAAGAACCUGGCCGUUCGCCAUUGCGCGGUGAUUGCCCAUGGAGAGGGUCUGGAGCGACAGUUGGUGGCGUACAUCGUGCCCGACCGUGAGGAUCCCGCCGGACGGCCCGCGGUGGAGAUCAACGAGUCUGGCCACAGCCCCGCGUCGCGCCGCACGCUGGCUCCGUUCCUGGCGCAUUAUAUGAUCCCGGCGUUGUGGGUUCAGCUGGAGGAUCUGCCGACCCACGAGGUCACUGGAAAGGUUGAUCUCUCGCGUUUGCCCCCUCCACGCAACGACCACGUCAACGGCAAUGGCUCCAAAUCCAAGGACCCCGUCAGUCUCGACCAGGUUGCUUCGAUUUGGGCGGCCGCCCUGAAAACCUCCAAGAGCCUACUGAAGGCCGAAGACAACUUCUUCGAUCUCGGUGGUCACUCCCUGUCGCUGGCAGAUCUGUCGUCGAGACUCUCGCGCCAUUUCGGCUUUCGCGUCCCCAUUGCGCGUCUCGCCGAGAAUUCUACCCUGAAGGGCCAUCUGGAGACUGUGCGUGCUAUCCGAGAUGGACACACGGAGGCUGUCCAGGCAGACCUACCGGCCGUUCUGCGCGCCGAUGCCAUUCUGGACGAGGACAUCCGACCCUCGAACGCCACUAUCUGCUCCGUGGACAAAGCCGAGACCGUCCUUCUGACCGGUGUGACCGGUUUCCUGGGUGCAUUCCUUCUUCACGACCUGAUCGAAAACACCUCCGCUCGCAUCAUCUGUAUGGUGCGAUUCAACGAACCGGCGGAUGACGACCAGCCCGGGGGUAUUGCCAGAGUUCGCCGCAACCUGCUUGAUCUUGGACUCUGGAACGACGCGAUCAUGGAGCGGGUGGAGAUCAUGCCCGGAAAUCUGUCCCGAUCCCGCUUCGGUCUGUCGCAGGAGGCGUUCGACGAGCUGGCUGGACGCGUCCAGGUUAUCGUGCAUGCCGCCGCCACGGUCAACCUGGUCUAUCCCUAUGCUGCGCUGCGUGGCCCCAAUGUCGGAGGAACCCGAGAGAUUCUGCGUCUGGCUUCCAAGGGCGGAGCCACCGUACAGUACGUCUCGACCAACGGAGUUCUGCCCCCGUCCAAGGAGAAGGGAUGGCCCGAGGAUGCCAUGCUCGACGUGAACGACGUGCCGGAGAAGCUGCUGGAUGGCUACGGACACUCGAAGUGGGUGGCUGAGCAGCUGGUUCUUGAGGCUGGUCGUCGCGGGCUUCCCGUUAAGAUCCAUCGCGCGGGUACCAUCAGUGGCCACAGCCGUACGGGUGCCGCCAACGCCUGGGAUCUUCUGUCUGCGUUGAUUGUCGAGUCCAUCAAACUCGGCUAUGCUCCCGACGUUGAGGGCUGGCGCGCUGAGAUGACGCCGGUUGACUUUGUUAGCAAGGCUAUCAUUCAUCUUUCCACCCAAACCCAUGCGGAACAAACCGUCUUCCAUCUUGGCGAUCCUACUCCGGUUGAUACACGAACUGUCUUCGAUGCUCUGAACGAACUCGGCUACCCGACCGAGCGACUGGGAUGGGACGACUGGGUUGCCCUGUGGACGAAGAAUCGCUCCGGCGUGAAGGGUGGAGACGGUGGCUUCACCGUUGAUAUCCUUCGCAGCGGUAUGCCGACCGUCGAUUUCCUCCAGGGGAUUGUCGUGCUCGACAACACCGCCACACGACCUUUCCGCGCGGUGGUCGAACGCCCUAAGGUGGACCGAGCUUUGCUGGAGACCUACACGCGUCACUGGUUCGCCCGAGGAUGGCUGCCGCACGCACCUACUCGCCUUCACGGUCGCGCCUUAUCUCCCGCAGCCAUUAAGGGACCCCUUAGUGGCCGCGUCGCCGUCGUUACGGGCGCUUCGUCCGGAAUCGGCGCUGCGGUCGCCACCGCCCUCGUCAAGGAAGGCUGCAACGUCGCUCUGGCCGCCCGACGCCUCGACGCGCUGGAGGCCGUCCGCGCCAAAUUCGCCCCUGGCGGCGGCAAGGUCAUCAUCCGCAAAACCGACGUCACGAAGCGAAGCGACGUCGAGUCCCUGCUCAAGGACGCCGCUGAAGAGCUCGGCCCUGUGGACAUCCUCGUCUCCUGUGCCGGAGUCAUGUACUUCACCAUGAUGGCCAACUCCCAAACCGAGGAAUGGGACCGCACCGUCGACGUCAACUGCAAGGGUCUGUUGAACUGCCUGUCUUCCACCGUCCCCGGCAUGCUGUCGCGAGGCGCCGGCCACGUCGUCGCCAUUUCUUCCGAUGCCGGCCGCAAGGUCUUCCCUGGCCUGGGCGUCUACUCGGCCAGUAAGUUCUUCGUCGAAGCUACGCUGCAAUCUCUACGUCUCGAGACCGCGGGGAUGGGCCUGCGCGUCACGAGUAUUCAGCCUGGAAACACCGCCACCGACCUUCUCGGUAUGUCGACGGACGAAGAGGCGGUUAAGAAGUUCGGAGAGCCUUCGGGCGCCCAAAUCCUGGACCCUGCGGAUGUCGCGCGCUCCAUUGUUUACGCGUUGAAGCAGCCCGAGCAUGUUUCUGUUAAUGAGGUUCUGAUCGAGCCGAGAGAUGAGCCGAUCUAG